AUGCGGCACAUGCACAUGGAGACGUCCCUGCCCCCGGAACACAGCACAGACCCCAGCCUGGCCCAGCCCAAUGGAGAGUUGCCCUUGGAGCCUUCCUCGCAGCGCUGCACCCACCACGGCAUCCUCACGGGCUACAAUGAGACAGAGAUCAAGCACCAGAAGGUUUAUCAGGUCUCCAUCUUCUCGCAUCUCUCCAGCUCCUCCGAGAGCGCAGAGCAGCAGGAAGGCAGCCAACCAGCUAUCAAGAAGGGUUACCCUGAGCAGCAAACUCCAGAGGGGGGGCGAGAUCCCAAACGAACUCACUGGGGUGGUGGUGGGGUGGAUGGCAAGCAUGACAGGGGACCUGGGCAGGCUACCUUGGAUGAUGAGAACACCUUUGAGGAUGGUCUGCUGGUGGAAGAACUAUGCCUGUGUGGCUCUGCCCAGCACUUUUCCCAUAAUAGGCUGCAGGUGGUGGAGCACUGGUGUGAGAACAGCCCUAGCCACAGCCCCAAGGCCAGAAGAGAGGAUAAGUUGCAGGAUGUCUCCUCUUCCUGGCCCAUUGCUUGCAGUACUUUGCACAUGAGAGACAAUUGCCCUGUCUUGCUGGGGGAUCAGCCCACAGACUACGGGGAUAACAGGGAGCAGGUGAGUGACCACAGUCUACUUUACCUUGAUUUGCACAAUAUUGCACAAACUCCCCAGCUGGAUUCUGAGGGGAAGAGAGAGAAGCCAGAGAGCAGCCUGGCUCACAGCAGCAUGGCUAACAGAGAAGAGGAAUGGCUAGCAGUAGCCAAUGGGUGCAAGGACCUCCUGGCUCCACAGGCAGCACUCAGCCCUGAGCCCAGCAACCUGAGCUCAUUGGAGAAGACGCCCCGUGGGAGCAGCUGGCUUGGCAGCAGCAGCUGCCCAGCAAAAAGGAAGCUGAUGCCUGCUGGCGAGGUUGUGGUCGACUCCUGCUCUGAGGAUGAGAGCCCGUCCCCAUCAGCAAGGAAGAAGAGGGCCCUGUCAUGCCAUCCAGUGCCCACAGCUUGCUGCAGCACUGAUGCCAAGGGGGCACCUCUCUGGAAUCACCUACUUCCCAUAGCCAAGAGCUCUGCAGAUUGCACUGUGGUUGGGAAGAGGCUGAAGAGCAGACUGAGCCUCAAAUCGUGACAUCUCUGGAGCAGUCUCCGGAGGAGUACCAGGUCCUCCACAGUGCCCUGGGCCACCACCAUCAGCCAUGCUCUGCUGGGCAACUUUGAGGAGUCCAUCCUGAAAGGACGCUUUGUGCCGUCGGGGAAGAUCGAGGGGUUCAUGGCAGAGAUUGGUGCCAGCGGCUCCUACUGCCCCCAGCACGCCACUCUGCCUGUUGAUGUCACCUACUUCGACAUCUCCGAACACAGCGUGCCCUCGCCUUUCCUGGGAGUGAUUGACUUGGAGGCCUUGGGAAAGAAGGGUUACAGUGUCCCCAAAGCUGGAACCAUCCAAGUGACCUUAUUUAACCUCAACAAGACUGUGGUGAAGAUGUUUUUGGUGACGUACGACUUCCAGGAUAUGCCAGCCAACCACAUGACCUUCCUACACCAUCGCAUCUUCCUGGUGCCUGUGGGGGAAGAGGAAAGGGCCACUGUGGGCCCCAGCAACCUACCAGGCACUGGCCCACCCUGCAGGGUCCUCUGCUACCUGGUGCACCUAAGGUUUUACAGUUCCAAAUCGGGGAAGACCUACCUUCACGAUGACAUCCGGCUGCUUUUCUCCCGCAAGUCGAUCGAAGUAGACUCGGGGAUCCCCUAUGAACUGAAAUCCUUUACAGAGAUGCCAAGGAACCCCUGCUACUCACCCCGAGCCUGA